AUGGACCCACCCGACCUCGCGGCUCUUGUGCUGUCCCCCAAGGGUGCCUUCAACCGCACACCCCCUAGGCCAAACUCGCCAGCUCUUGCAGGCAACAACAAUGUUGCGACUCCUGCUGGCAGCUGCCGCACGCCCGUCGAUGCCACACCUGGCCCAGCGGCCUUGCAGCUCGACAUGAGCAUUGGUUCAGCCGUGUCUGCCCUUGUCCACCACUUGGUCCAGCCCCUCGCGGUCCACUACCCACACACCACGCUCAUGUCGCUCCGUAAGCAGCUGUCGUCUGUUUUGACCGCCGCAUACACCCCCCUGUGGAACGAGAGCAACCCCCACUCGGGCUCGGGAUCACGCUCCCUCAUCUCCGACCACCUCCUCGGCCUCCCUGCCAUCCUGGUCAAGGCCGCAGGUACCGAGAUUGAUCCCAGGGUCUGGGCCAAGGCCAUCGCGUCCGGUCGUCGUCGCAAGCCCGAGAACGACGACGAAGAGCGCGAGUGGGAAGUCUGGUGCGACCCAGGCAUGGUCGUGUGGCGAUGGGGAGGCUGGAGCUGGGACGAAGCGGAAUUUGACCCGAUCAAGCGCUCGCGUGGUGAGUUGCAGACAAGGAGGCCCGGGCAAAAAAUAAAAGUUGCCGAGAAUGGUUGGGGACUGCUGCUGACGCACUCUUGCAGAGUCUUACCAGGUUAUCUGGCAAGCGGCACCCACGGCCGCUCCGAGGUGACCAGCCCGCUGGCUACGACGACCCCGCUUCGCCCGUCCAAGGCGAUCCCGAUCCGGGCACCAUCCCUCCUCGCCAUGGCUGCUCCGGCCACCCCGUCUCCGGCACCGAGUCCUGGUCCCGGAGCCGCCCUCGCCGCCGCCGCCGCCGAGAUGGCCACUUCGCCUACGAGCAUGACCACCCCGUCUGCCCCGAGCCUCCUCCCGGCCGCCGAGUUUUCGCCCCUCCAGCCUCUUUCGGCGCUCUCGGCGCUCGGGCACGGUCGUCCUGGCUCGAUCGAUUUCCGCAGCCACUCGCGCAACGGUUCGCGCAGCGUGUCCCAGCCGCUGCCGUACGCGCACCUCCAGCCCCAGCCGCAGGUGUUCCGUGCCGCGCACAAGGGCACCGAGAGCACGAGCUCGCACUCGUCCGACACGAGCGACACCAACUCCAACUCGCACACCCAGCUCCUCACGCCGGCGUCGCGUCCUGGAUCUGCCGACCUCUUUCCCGAGGACAAGCGCCGCGCCUCGCGCGAGUGCACCCCGGAGAUGGACGAGCGCAAGGGCUCCGAGUCGGCCCCGACCACCCCUCUGAACGCGACCUCUGCCGCCAACGCCACUGUCACCCCAUACGACGGCGGCAACGUCACUGUUCUCGGCGGCGGCACCAAGCUCGGCGGCUCGCGCCCGUUGUCCUCUGUCUCGUCCCGCGGUGACCGUACCCGCUCGCCAUCCGUCUCCAUUGCCUCGCGCGCCCUUGCGACCGCCGUCGGCCCGAACUCGAACGGCGGCGGCGGCAACGCUGGCGCCCAGCCCGCGUCCCCGCGCAAGGCCCGCACCCGCCGCCGCAUCAUCCCCACCCACAUUGGCUACUUUGGCCAACCGGGUGUCGGUGCCCCGAUGAUGGGCGCGUUCGGCAUGCAGCCCAUCAAGACUGGCCAGCCGGGCGGAUACUGGGCCGCCGGCGCCGGCAGCGGCGGCGGUGCGCCUGUCGGCGUCGGUGUGGGCGUCGCCCCGCCCCCCGUCGGUGGACUGGGCAUGGCCGCGCAGAUUGGCGUGCCCAUGGGCGUCAAGCGGGCCUGA